AGCCUGCUGGGGAGCCUGGGUGGGGCGUUCAAGGUGUGUCCGGAUUAUUGACACGCCGCCAGCUGCGAGUGCGCGCAAAAGGUGUUUAUGGACUAGGAGAAGCAGCAGGAUUGUUUCCCUCUUCUGCAUUCAACUUUCAAUCACCAUCUGGACGACUGUUUUUCCUUUUGCGUGGCGGAAGGCUGCCCUGUAGCGUCGCACCAAGUGGGCAAAGUGCACUUGCCUUAAUAAAAGAUGGCAAAUGCUAUCAUUUUCAUCGCGAGUGUGACUCUGAUCCUCGCCGGAGUUGAGUCGUGCUUUGUCCCGAGCUUGCUUUACGUCCCGGUGCCUCAAACUAUCCCGACCGGGCGCGAGAUAACGAGAGUCAAUGUCGCGGACUGUGCUAGCGUCUCUUCCAACGACCGCACGUUUGCGGUUUGGACCAACGGCUCGGUGACGGCCAUGGCUCCCGUCACUGUUCCGUCCAAAGGCCGGACUUUUUCCGUCCUGGUUCAGGACUUCAAUGGACCCCAGCUGCAAAUGGACGUCAUUCUCAUCGCCAGUCCCAUGUUGAACAGACAGCCCACUGAUGUGUUGAAACGCUCCAAAAGACGCUGGAGCCCUCCGCCCUUCCACAUCUUGGAGAACGAGCCGGGUCCAAAGGACAUUGAUCGGCUGGUGUCCGACUCUGAAGCAGCAUAUAAGGUGUUCUACACCCUUACUGGCCCUGGUUUCGACAAGCACCCUGUGAAGGUGUUCGACUUUGACAAAGAUAGUGGAAUGUUGUCGCUGCUGAAGGCGAUUGAUCGAGAGGAGUACCCGCAGUUUAUUUUGACAGCCAGAGUUUUCGACAAAGGAAGCGGAGCGGAAACAGAUUUACCUCUACCUAUCACUGUCUACGUAGAUGACGUGAACGACAACGCGCCACAGUUUCAAGGCACAAUGCAGUUUACCGUGCUCGAGCAGAGCAUAGCAGGCACAAAUCUUGGCAAGGUGAAUGCUACAGACAGAGACCAAGAAGGCACCGACCAUGUGAAGAUCCGCUAUUCCCUUUUGAACGAAUUAGACAGAUUUGCCAUCAACGCUGAGACAGGUCACAUCACAAUGCGUACUAAUGCAUUGGAUAGGGAGACCAAAGACAAGUAUAGCGUGACAGUGCAGAUUAAAGAUCGGGACGGAAAAGACACCGGUUUGAUCACGACAGGUGUGGCGACCAUCCUUGUUGGUGACAUCAACGACAACCCGCCAACCUUCACAAAGUCAUCGUUUCAAGCCACAGCGAAGGAGAAUGAAAUUGACAAACUUCUACUCCGACUCCCUGUUGAAGAUAAAGAUUUGAAAGACACACCGAACUGGAAGUCAAAAUUUGUGAUCACUAAGGGAAAUGAAAAUGGCAAUUUCCGUAUGGCUACAGACCCCAAAACAAAUGAGGGGCUUCUGUAUGUUUCCAAGCCAUUAGAUUACGAGACGACCAAAACUGUGAGGCUCGACAUCAUGGCCCGCAACGAAGCCGACCUGAUCGGCACCACGGCCCGAUGGAAUUCUGUGCCUGUGGACUUGACUGUCACCGACGACGAUGAAGGCCCAGAAUUCACGGCGCCUACCGUCCGCUUCAUCGUAAAAGAGAACACACCAAACGGCACACUCAUUGGAACUUACAAAGCCGUAGAUCCGGAAACCAAGAGCAGCGACGGCAUCAAGUAUUACAAGGUUACAGAACCUGCCGGCUGGAUCAAUGUGGAUAGGAACAAUGGAGAGCUGACGGUUGCAAACACCAUCGACAGAGAGUCUUCCUUUGUCAUGGAUGGAAUUUACAACAUCAGCAUGAAAGCCGUCGAUGCAAGUUCUAAGACUGGCACAGGGAUGGUAAUCAUCCAAGUGGAGGAUGUGAAUGACAACGUGCCAACAGUGCCCACUAGUGAAAUGGUGCUGUGUGAAAAAGAAGGAGAACUUGGCUCAGUGGUGGUUGGAGCUAAAGACUCGGACCAAUCUCCAUUUUCGGCACCCUUCACUUUUGGUCUGCCUGCUGACAAUGAUGGGAAAUGGUCUGUGACCAGAUUUAAUGACACAGCAGCUACGUUGCAGCAGCUCAAAGCACUUCCUAUGAAGGUGCACAAAGUUCCCGUGGUAAUCAAAGACCUGCAGGGCAACGGACAAACCCAGGUAGUGAAUGUAAGGAUCUGCCAGUGCAGGAAUGGCGCCUGCUUGACCAAGCCGUGGUCAGCCUCACUCGGCCCGCUGGGUUGGCUGACUUUGUUGCUGCCUCUGUUGCUGCUACUGCUGCUAGUGUUGCUGCUCGCCUUUUUCUGUAAGACAAGGGCGGAAAACAUUCAGCUGGAGGAUACAGCUGAUGGUGGUGGAAUCCUGAUCAAAUCAAACACGGAAGCACCAGGGGAAGCAGUGGAUUCAAGUCUCAUCAAGGUCCCCAUCACGAGCCCUGACAUUAGUCAGGAUUGGGGGGUAAAGAGCUCCAGCACAAUUGGACGCCAAGACGACCACAUGUACAAGGGCUUCGUUUCCACUGAAAUGAAAGACGUCUACUCAGGGCAAUACGACAGCCAGUAUGGUACUCAGCAGCUCAACUACGACGCAAACUUUCUCAGCACUUGGCAAACAAAUGGACGCUAUUUGCACCAGAAACUCGGCUAUUUCGCAGGGGAGGAGGACGGUCGAUAUGCGGACGACAUCGUCCACCAAUACGGCUAUGAGGGAGUGGGCUCGCCGGCCGGCUCGGUGGGCUGCUGCAGCGACGACGGCGACAAUGAGAACCUGGACUUCCUAAACACACUCGGACCAAAGUUCAAACCCCUCGCAGGCAUCUGCAAAAAGACAUGAACAAUGACGACGGAAAUUAAGUGUUAUGCUUUUUUUUUUUGGUGCACAGGAUGCAAUAGGGGUCAUUGGGGUGCCAGGCUCCCCCCUCUCAUGCCACCUGAAAGUGAAUGAAAGGAUCGAGAGAGUUGUGUGUUUCCCUGCUGCUUUUUCCUUAGUCCCAAGCACUGAUAACCUUCUCGACACUGUCAACUGUACAUAAUAUUUACGCUUGGUUUUGCAGGUUGCUACUAUUUUAUAUGGUAUUUUGGGUUUUACUAAUUCCAUGUGUUUAUGGUAAACUACUUCGAUUGUGCAAAGUGUAAUUUGCUAUUUUUUAAACUGUUUCCCUCAAUUUUAAGAGUUUUGAUAUUUUUCUAUUAUUAAUAAAUAUGAAUUAAGAUUAAUGUAGAGUUGCCUUAGGCUGCGUUCAGAAUUGUUUGGUACACUAGUCCAGACCAAAAAUAAAAAUAUACUUGGUGCGCACUUUGAUGAAGUUUGCUUAGCGUUUCACAUUCGUCAUAGAACAUGGACAACUUUCGUGACAGAUACUAAAACAAUCCACACACUAAACGCCGUCUGCUGAGUUAAAUACAUUGUAGCUUUUAUAUUUUGUUAUAUUUAGCAGGUUAGAUUUCCACAAAUGCAACCUGAGCGCGGGAGCAUCCUAUAUACAGUACAGGCCAAAAGUUUGGACACACCUUCUCAUUCAAAGCAUUUUCUUUAUUUGAAUGGCUAUUUACAUUGUAGAU